AUGCUAGCUAUCGAUCCAGACGCAUCGAACGAUGGAUCGUGUGCUUGUUCCGGUUCAGUGGGUGGAACAUGCUGCAAACAACAAUCCGCGCCAGCAACAGCAACUGCUACUGUUAACGAAAUCGAAUCCUUAAAGGUGAUCUAUUCCAGUUUGACCGGCACAGCUAAAACUUUUGCAGCUGAGUUGGAAAGACAACUUGUAGCGGAAAAGAAUAUCAGCAUCAAGCAACUACAACUGGUUGACAUUACCGAAUAUGAUAACGACGAUUUGUUGACCGAAACGUCCGUGUGUGUUUUCUUGCUGUCUACCUACAACGUUGAAGGACCUUUGGAUUGGUUUACAAAGUGGUUGCGUGAUUUACGAUACGAUUGGCGAGUUGACCGUCUAGCAUUGCAAAAACUUCGUUACUCCGUAUGUGGUUUGGGUGACUCCGCCUAUGGCGACGAAUUCAAUGUGGCAGCGCAACAGAUCGACAAAUGGCUAGGUCAAUUGGGCGCCACACGUAUCUAUCCAUUGGGUGCAUGUGACAAGAACUCAGAUCAAAAGGCUCAAUUCGACGAAUGGUGCCGUCAGUUUAUCAAUGAACUCCAAGACAAACAAUCGCUUGAAUUCUCGCCUGCUCAAGUCGAAUAUGGAUCAGACGUCGAGGAGGAAGAGGAGGAGUCCGAAGAAUCAUCCGGAAUUGAUGUCGAUGGCACAGGGUCUGGCGACGAAAUGCUGGAUGUGGAAGAUAUGGGUAAAAUGGCAGGCAAGCUCAGAGCAGCCAAGGUGAACCGUGAACGUGAAGAACAAGAAUUCGAGACGGCACAAGCCAAGGCCAAGCGCACAAUUGGUAAUGACAAUGAAAGCGGUGAAAAUUUGACCAAGCAAGGAUACAAGAUUGUCGGCACCCACAGUGGCGUCAAGAUUUGUCGAUGGACAAAGAGUGCUUUGCGCGGUCGAGGUUUCUGUUACAAGCACAGUUUCUAUGGUAUUCAGAGCCAUCUCUGCAUGGAGACUACUCCCUCAUUAGCAUGCGCCAACAAGUGCGUUUUCUGCUGGCGCCAUCACACAAACCCUGUCGGUACCAAGUGGAGAUGGAAGGUGGAUGACCCGAAAUUUAUUUUGGAUGGUGCUAUGGAAAACCAUUACAAGAUGAUCAAACAAUUGAAGGGUGUUCCCGGUGUCAAGGCAGAUCGAUUCCAAGAGGCAUUUACUAUCCGCCAUUGCGCUUUGUCGCUUGUGGGUGAGCCAAUCUUUUAUCCACACAUCAAUGAAUUUGUCAAACUCUUGCACGAACAGAACAUUUCCUCCUUCUUGGUGACCAACGCACAAUUCCCAGACAAGAUUGCUGAAAUGGAACUUGUGACGCAGCUGUACGUCAGUAUCGACGCCGGUACCAGAGAAGGAUUGAAAAAGAUCGACCGACCCCUCUUUCGAGACUUUUGGGAACGAUUCCUUGACAGUUUAGAGGCUCUGGCCGACAAGGGCCAACGCACCGUAUACCGUUUGACACUCGUCAAAGACCACAAUACCGAAGAGCUGGAUAAUUAUGUAGAACUCGUACGACGCGGUCGACCUUCGUUCAUUGAAGUGAAGGGCGUGACCUACUGUGGCUAUAGCGGUGCAAGCAACUUGACCAUGGCCAACGUACCUUAUCAUCAUGAAGUCGUGGAUUUCUGUCAAAAGCUGUGUGACAAGUUGGGCGGUGGAUACGAGUUGGCCUGCGAGCACGCUCAUUCAUGCUCCAUUUUGAUCGCCCAGAAGGAUUUCAAGAUCAACGGCGAGUGGCACACGCAUAUUGAUUAUCCAAAGUUCUUUGAGUUGGUCCGAAGCGGCAAGCCAUUUACUAGCAUGGAUUAUGUGGCCAAGACUCCAGACUGGGCUGUGUUUGGAUCGGACGCAGGUGGAUUUGAUCCAGAGGAAACUCGAUUCUAUCGUAAGAACCGAAAGGUGGUAGAUGCGAAUAAUACUGCUGGUGCUACUACUGCCUCUACCGCUGCUGCUGCAUCAUAG